UUUAAUCGAGUUCAUCGAUUAGAGUAUUAAAUUCCGUGGUACGACACUAUGGUAUAUAAUUGUAAUCGACAGUUCUUCCCAGUGAUUCAAAGAUCAUUCACUCAGUAUGAGGGUAAUUCGGGUUCUUACUGCGCUAUUUGCGAUCUUUCUGGCGGUUCAGGGAUCACCGAUAGGGAAAAUCAUCGGUGGAGAUAACGCAGAAGAGGGUGAAUUCCCGUGGCAAGUAUCCCUCAGGGAUAACGGUCGCCAUUUCUGCGGAGGUACUUUGAUAAGUAAUCAGCACGUUCUCACCGCGGCACACUGUCUCAUUUCGAGGAAUCUGACGAUCACCACCGUCAUAACUGGAACCAACAGCUUGGCAAGGGGUGGCGAAACCCACGCGGUUAAAACUAUAACUUACCAUUCAAAGUUCGUUGGUGGCAGCGAGUCUUACCGCUACGAUGUUGGCGUCAUUACGCUAGCUGCACCGUUAACCGUAUCGAAUGUUCAGAGACCGAUCGCUUUGGCCAGCGAGAAUACUCCGAUAGCGGUUGAUCUCGUAGUUUCAGGAUGGGGAAGAGCUCUUUAUCCGAGCGACACUCUACCAACGAUGCUCCAAAAGGUGCAUCUGACUGCCUUGGAUAUUAAAAGUUGCCAGCACUUCUGGCCCGAUAUGAGAAUUUAUAUGGACCAUCUCUGCGCGUUGAAAGAGUACGGCGCCGGGGUUUGUAAUGGUGACAGUGGUGGUCCUCUGGUGUACAAUAAUGAAGUGGUCGGUAUCGUUUCGUGGGGGAAUCCUUGCGCACGUGGUGUCCCUGACGUCUACACGAGGGUGUACAGUUACCUGAUUUGGAUCCGUGAAAUCCUCAAUAACACAGAAAGAAAGUUUGAUUUCAUCGAAAUCACUGAAUAAAUCAAAUAAAUGAAAUUUCGCAAUA